AUGUUCGACAACUAUGCUGCCGACAUAGAGAUUGACGGGAAAACUGUUGAACUCGCACUCUGGGAUACUGCGGGCAAUGAAAACUGUGACCGCUUGAGGCCGCUCUCGUACCCAGACACAGAUGUAAUCAUGAUAUGCUUUAACAUUGACUCACUCGACUCGCUCGACAACGUGAUAGAGAAGACACAGUGGAUUCACGAAGUUAAGCAUUUCAUGCCUAACGUGCCCCGUCUCUUUGUUGGCCUUAAAAAGGACCUGCGUGACGACCCAGAGACUGUUGCAGAUCUCAAUAAAAUCAGUCAACGGCCAGGAAACAAAGUCGCGGAAUCUAUGGGAGCCUUCGGCUAUUUUGAAUGUUCUGCCAAGACGGGAGAGGGUGUAAAUGAGGUCUUUGAGGCAGUUGUCAGACAGACCUUAGUAGAGACUAAGAAGACGUCUAAAGGCCUUCGAAACUUAUUCAAGAGGCUGUCUUCUAGGUAA